AACCCAACUGCUAGAAAGAGUACAAGAAAAGCAAGCCGAAGGCAAAGAAUAAAAGCGUAACAAAAUUUUCAGUAUCUCUGCUUUGUACUUUGGUUUUCAUCCCUUCGCUGCUCCUCUCUCUCUCUCUCUCUACAGAUCUAUCAUUCACCUCUCCUCCAUCACGCUCAAAUCACUCCACAGCAGAUGGCAAUGCAGGAAGCGACUCCUGCCCCUCUUCAUUCUGCUGCAUUUGUUGGAAAUGCCUUUGUGGAUCAGUAUUAUCCCAUUCUUCACCAAAACCCGGAAUUGCUGUAUAAAUUUUAUCAGGAUUCAAGUGUGCUAAGCAGGCCAGAUUCGAGUGGUAGUAUGACCACAGUAACAACUUUGCAGGCAAUCAAUGACAAGAUCAUGUCAUUCCAUUAUGGCGAAUAUAAGAUGGAGAUAGAGACUGCAGAUGCUCAAGACUCUUACAAGAAAGGGGUGACUGUUCUAGUGACUGGAAGUGUAACUCUGAAAGAUAACGUGAAAAGGAAAUUUGGUCAAUCAUUCUUUCUAGCUCCACAGGACAAUGGCUACUUUGUCUUAAAUGAUAUUUUUACGUAUAUCGAGGAAAAGAAAUCAUUGCAGGAAAAUUCUGCAUCAGUUGAUGGUAUCAAUGAAACUGCUCCAACAGCUGCCUUGACUCCAGAUCCAGAGGCCAAUCAUGUUCCUGAUCAUCUUGUGGUAGACCCUGCAACACCAUCCUUUGAGGAGGAGGACGAUCUGAAUAAUGUUGCUGAAGUUUGUGACCCAUCAGAUAAUGAAGAAGGAUCGGUUAUUGAAGAAGAGGCUGUUGUUGAACCCCCAUCUAUUUCAAGUGAGAAUGAAAUUUCUACAGUAGUCGAUUCAGCUCCUGCAGCACAAGAGGAUGCUCCAAAGAAAUCUUAUGCAUCAAUUGUGAAGGUAAUGAAAGGCAGUGCAACAUCCACUCCAGUCUUUGCUACCAGUACAGUAAGGGCAGCACCUGCAAACUUUGAUCAACAGUUGGCUGGUUCUGCAAAAUCUGCUCCGGCACCAGAGGCAUUGACUCCUACUAGUGACAAUGCUCCUGAAAGUAGCAAUAUUAAUGAAGAAGGUUUCUCCAUAUAUGUACGGCAUCUGCCUUUAAGUGCAACAGUUCCACAAUUGGAAGAGGAGUUCAAAAAAUUUGGCCCUAUUAAGCAAGAUGGCAUCCAAGUCAGAAGUAAUAAGCAGCAGGGAUUCUGUUUCGGCUUUGUUGAGUUUGAAUCUUUGAGUUCGAUGCAGAGUGCACUUGAGGCAUCACCUAUCACAAUUGGGGAUCGUCAAGCUGUCGUCGAGGAAAAAAGAACUACCACUCGUGUUGGCGCUAGUGGUAGAGGCAGAUACCCUCCAGGAAGGGGUGGGUUCCGGAAUGACAACUUCAGGGGCCGUGGAAACUUUGGUGGUGGCCGGGGCUAUGGGCGGAAUGAGUCCAGAAAUCAGGGUGAGUAUUCAGGACGUGCAAGGGGUCCAACUGGACGCAAUGGAGAGGCUUAUCAGCGGGUUAAUCAGAAUGGAAGUGGGAAGACUGGGCGCCAAGGUGGGAUGGCGUGGAACUCAGCUUCUUCUUGAAGCUUAGCAAGUGAAACUCGCCAACAGUUGAGAUUUUUUGACACUAAAAAUGAGAGGUGGUUUGUGUCAUUAUUUCUGGGCACUAGAAAGCAAUUCAGGUUUUUGAUUUUUGUAAUUGGAAUUCUUUGUGAGAAUAAUUUUUAUUCUUGUGGAUUUUCUAUAUAAGCUUACAUGAUAUGACAGUUGUUUCCCCGGAUUUA